UGUGUGUCAUUUGACCCAGUUUGUGGUCCGUUACAUCACUCCAGUGAUGUGUCUGUCUGUGCAUUUGUGUUUCUGAUGUGUUCCCUAUAUUUGGCCAAAGUGUGACAUUGGAAACGCCCUCCUUACGGUUUCUAGUGGCCAUGUGCCCAUCUCUCCGCACUAUAUGUCGGCUAUAAAAGAGCCGCUGCACCUUACACACGACGCGGUUCAUAUCCAGACACAUUACAUACAGACAAACUCAAACUCAAUCAUCAAAAUGCCUUCAAGCACAAGAAUUAUGGCGCCUCAAAUCAAGAAGACAGGAAGGAAAAUCAAAGCCGGAAAUACUCCUGCUGAAAAACUUCCAAUUUAUGAGCCGAACAUCCCAGAGCCGACGUCCCGAGAGGAGCUGCUCAAAUACUGGCUCAGUAUCUCAUUGGACGAACGAACUGCCAAUAAAGUGCUGUGGUUGACCGAGGGCGGGGCUAAAGUGUCCCGCAUGACAGAUGAGGUGUGUCCUUACCUGGACAGGCCAGAGAGAUUUGACCACAGCCCUCAGGUGCUGUGUAAGGAGUCUGUCUGGGCGUCGCGCUGUUAUUGGGAGGUGCUGUACUCUGGCUGGGUGGUUAUAGGAGCAGCAUAUGAGGGUGCUGGGAGGAAGGUAGGCGACGGUCCCUGUGGCCUCGGGGAGAACGAGGAGUCGUGGGGUCUGGGUUGGGCCGGAUCCUGCUAUGAAACCUGGCAUAAAGGAACCAGCAGCAGGGUGGCAGACGUGCCUCAGUGCUGCACUAUAGGGGUGUAUGUGGAUCAGCCCGCGGGUCUGCUCUGCUUCUACACCGUGGAGACAGAGGAAGACUCAAAGAAAAAAGAAGUCAAACUUCUUCACAGGUUUAAAAAUCCCAUAAAGGAAAACAUUCUGCCAGGUUUCUGGGUGGGAAGACAGUCCUCUUGCUUAAUACUCAAAAAAGAGGAAUGAGGUAGAGGGGGAGACAAGUAAUACUGUGGCUUGUAUUUUAUUUUACACUGUAAAACCUCAUAUCAUCACUUUAUAUUUGAAAUGACUGUUCAUCUGUUUUUCAUUAUAUAGUCUGCUAAUGCCUAUUUGUAAUCA